AUGAAGGGCUUUACCUCUUUUUACAUAGUAUCGCUGCUUCUCUCUUUGCAAGGAAGCGUCGCGCUUCCUGAAAGGAAGCCAUCUCUCAUCCAACAGCGGCGUAUCAAUGGAGUUUUCAAGACUGGACUCACCCCUUUCUCGUCGACGCUCGAUGUUUCGCGUGGUGGCGCCAAGACCCCGGAAUCGACCAGCGGCCCCACGGGUCCCUUUCGUUGGUUCAAACCAACGUUUAGUCCCAGAGAGCGAUCACUGGCGGCAUGGUUGCUCUUUUGGAACGGCAUUGCUCUCGUGGAUGCCCUCAUGUUUACCUUUCGAGCAAAGCAAAAUUUGGAUGGCUAUUUGGUUGGCGAAUGGGGACCACAUGCAAUGGCUCAAACUCGCAUGUUGGCCAAUUGCCAACUCGCCCUGAUUGCGACCGUCGCCCUGGUGGCCUUUACGGGAGAUGAAAAGACGCUCAAAAACUGCUUCAAAAUCAUGAUCUUGGCCACGUUGGGGGCUUUUCGUGCCGUCGCAGCUGGAGUCAGAGAUGGAGCCGUAAAAGCUCCCUGGAAGACGGGAUAUGCUGCCGUCAUGUCCGCGCCUCCAUUACUGGUGCUGGGCUAUUUUGCCUUUGUAUUCUAG